GGUAUGAUAAGAACUGAUGAGGAUGAAUACUUCAUUGAGCCUUUGGAAAGAGGAAAACAAAUGGAAGAGGAAAAGGGAAGAAUCCAUAUGGUGUACAGGCGAUCAGCUGUAGCACAACAUAUCACUGAUACUCUGCCUGAUGUCCACACUGAAGAAUCUCUUCUUGGGGGCCUUGGAGACCUGAGUUCCCUGUACAGCAGUGUAGAACAGCAACUGAAUGAAACCCUGAGGCGACGCAGGCACACAGGAGAUGACGACUACAACAUUGAGGUGCUGCUAGGUGUGGACGACUCUGUCGUCCGGUUCCAUGGCAAAGAACAUGUUCAAAACUACCUCCUCACCCUCAUGAACAUAGUGAAUGAAAUUUACCACGAUGAAUCCUUGGGUGUUCACAUAAAUGUUGCACUGGUCCGAAUGAUCAUGUUGGGGUAUGCAAAGUCCAUUAGCUUGAUUGAAAGGGGGAAUCCCUCGAGAAGCCUGGAGAAUGUUUGCCGCUGGGCGUACCAGCAGCAGAAGUCAGACCCCAAUCACUCUGAGCACCAUGAUCAUGCCAUCUUCUUGACUAGGCAAGAUUUUGGGCCUGCUGGUAUGCAAGGAUAUGCUCCUGUUACUGGCAUGUGUCACCCGGUCCGAAGCUGUACUCUCAACCAUGAGGAUGGGUUUUCAUCAGCUUUUGUUGUUGCUCAUGAAACUGGUCACGUGCUGGGAAUGGAGCACGAUGGGCAAGGGAACAGAUGUGGGGAUGAGACAGCAAUGGGGAGUGUUAUGGCUCCCUUGGUGCAGGCUGCCUUUCAUCGUUACCACUGGUCCAGAUGCAGUGGCCAAGAACUCAAAAGAUAUAUACAUUCUUACGACUGUCUUCUUGACGAUCCUUUUGAACAUGAUUGGCCCAAGCUCCCUGAACUGCCAGGCAUCAAUUACUCCAUGGAUGAACAGUGCCGCUUUGAUUUUGGUGUUGGCUAUAAAAUGUGCACAGCGUUCCGAACCUUUGAUCCAUGCAAGCAGUUGUGGUGUAGCCAUCCAGAUAACCCAUAUUUCUGUAAGACUAAGAAAGGACCUCCACUCGAUGGGACAGAAUGUGCCCCUGGAAAAUGGUGCUACAAAGGUCACUGCAUGUGGAAAAAUGCUAAUCAGCUGAAGCAGGAUGGCAACUGGGGACCCUGGACAAAAUUUGGCUCCUGCUCACGAACCUGUGGAACUGGAGUUCGCUUCCGAACGCGCCAGUGCAACAAUCCAAUGCCAAUUAAUGGAGGUGAAGAUUGUGUUGGUGUCAAUUUUGAGUUUCAACUCUGUAAUACGGAAGAAUGUCCGAAGCACUUUGAGGACUUCAGAGCGCAGCAAUGUCAGCAACGCAAUUCCCACUUUGAGUAUCAGAACAGCAAACACCACUGGCUGCCAUAUGAACACCCUGACUCUAAUAAGAGAUGCCACCUGUACUGCCAGUCCAAAGAAACGGGAGAUGUUGCUUAUAUGAAACAAUUGGCACAUGAUGGGACUCGCUGUUCGUAUAAAGAUCCCUACAGCAUUUGUGUUCGUGGAGAAUGUGUGAAAGUGGGUUGUGACAAGGAAAUUGGUUCUAAUAAGGCUGAAGAUAAGUGUGGCGUUUGUGGUGGAGAUAACUCCCAUUGCCGAACAGUGAAAGGAACCUUUACCCGCACUCCCAAAAAGCUUGGGUACCUUAAGAUGUUUGACAUCCCUCCUGGUGCUCGACAUGUGUUUAUCCAAGAAGACGAGGCUUCUCCUCAUUUUCUUGCAAUUAAGAACCAGGCUACAGGACACUAUAUUCUGAAUGGAAAAGGGGAGGAAGCCAGAUCCCGAUCUUUCAUCGACCUGGGUGUGGAAUGGGAAUACAAUAUAGAAGAUGACAUAGAAACUCUGCACACUGAUGGGCCUUUGCAUGAUGCAGUGGUUGUCCUGAUCAUUCCUCGGGAGAAUGACACAAGAUCUAGCCUGACUUACAAAUACAUCAUUCAUGAAGAUUCAGUACCAACUAUCAACAGCAACAACGUCCUACAGGAGGAAAUAGAUACUUUUGAGUGGGCAUUGAAAAGUUGGUCACAGUGUUCCAAACCCUGUGGUGGAGGAUUCCAGUAUACCAAAUAUGGGUGCCGCAGGAAAAGUGAUAACAAAAUGGUUCAUCGCAGCUUCUGUGAAGCCAGCAAAAAGCCAAAGCCCAUUCGUAGAAUGUGCAAUCUUCAGGAAUGCACGCGGCCUCUGUGGGCAGCAGAUGAGUGGGAAUACUGCACAAAAACCUGUGGGAAUUCAGGCUACCAGAUCCGCACUGUGCGUUGCAUUCAGCCCCUUCAUGAUGGUGCAAACCGCUCUGUCCAUUUCAAGUACUGUAGUGGAGAUCGCCCUGAGAGUCGCAGGCCAUGCAACCGAAUACCGUGCCCUGCACAGUGGAAAUCUGGGCCCUGGUCUGAGUGUUCUGUGACCUGUGGGGAGGGAACUGAGACCCGGCAGAUCAUAUGCCGUGCUGGUGACCAUUGCGAUGGAGAAAAGCCAGAAUCAGUGAGGGUUUGUAAACUCCCUCCCUGUAAUGGUAAGGAAACAAACUGUUUGCAGCAAAUGAGAGUAACCCUUCCUGUCUCAGUGCAGUGUAUCAGCGCAUGGUACGGUUCCAGGGUUAUAGACUUAGAUUUCAUACUUGAGUGAACUCAGAUGAAAAAUAAUACAUUUUACUUAAUCCUGCCUAAAGUUUCAGUUCUACCUGGUGAACCUACUGUGUAGCUGGUUUCUAAGACAAGUCAGAGCCUGUGCUUAUGAUCAGAUAGUGUACGUACCAAAUUUGUACAGUACUGUAUUUUAAAAGUACUACACUGUCAGGUGUCAACCACACAACCUUAUUUACUUCUUGCAUGCUAGAAAAUAUAUCAUUCACUGGUGAUCUCCCUGUUUUAUUCUAGCUAAUAGUUUUUAAUUUGUUUUUCAGUCCAGCACAAUAUUGAUAUUCUAACUCAGGGUGAUUGUGUUUCUCACAGAUUGGGGCCCUCUCUUGUAACGUACUGAAAUAGGGGGGUUGGACAUGUUAGCCUAAGUUGUAUUUGCAAAAAUUUGUGUUGAAGAUGAAGGUCGGUCCCAAGUAGACCCUACUUGACCUCUAGAUCCCAGCAUGAGGCCAAUUAAAGAAAUGAAAAUACAAAUACAAAAACACUGAGCCAUAAGGUAUUAAUAGGAUUCUUAGGAAUCCUAUCACAUUAUUUUCAUAGAAUUUUUUAAACAGUUUUUUAAUCUUUUUAUGAACAACAACAACAACAAAAAAAGUAUUUGUUCCUUUGAGCCAUUAACUUUAUUAGAUUUUGGGUUUAUUUGUUUUUUUUUUAAUCCCUCACAAUAGCCCUAAUAUUCUGACCAUUGGCUGGUAGAAAAAAUAGAAAAAAGAGUUCUUAGUGCAGUAUGUUUUCCUACAGAUUGAAUGUAACUGCUUGCCAUAAGUCUAGUGAAAGUCUAUGCUUUGCUCUUAUUUGUUUUCUGCUGUUGCCAGUGAAAGGACUCAAGGGAGGAAAUGAUUCUGGGAGCAGUGAACAGUUAAGAGAUUCUGUAUCCACUAGGUGGGAGCAAAUCAUUAUCUAUGACUUUAUAAACAAGUAGCAGAUUUAAAAUUAGUUAUUCAUUGUGGACUGAUUUUUCACUGGUGAUACAAAUAUUUCCAAAACUAAAAUAAGGGCUACAUCUUCACAAAAUGAUUCAGAUAGAUUUGAUCUUGUGCUUUAAGCAUCAGCUUUAAGAAUCUGUAUUUUAAGCAUCAGCUGAGAUUUUCUUUAAUGGCCAGUGUUAAAUUCCAGCCUUUCAGAAUUAGGCAUCAAGGACUCUUACUGUGUCUCCUUCACAGUCAUACUUAGAGCCAAAUGCCACUGGCAUGUUAGACUUAGUAUCUGCUAAUAUGGGAGAUAAGCAAUAGGUGGCCUCGUACAUGCCCUCUACCAGUGCUCUUGAAUCACACUGGUUAAAACUCUGUUAUUUCAUUUCUAGAUGCUUAAUACACACCCCAUCUUACCUGCCCCACUGAACGAAGGAUUUAUGUGGUCAUGUCUAAGUACUGCAGUUGCUUACCAGGCUUCUGAAACGCUAGAUUCAUUCCCUAAAGAAAGAGGAUAUAGAACACCAUGCUGCAGAUA